UCACCCUCGCCCCCGGGUUUACGACUCUCUUUGCCCUCUCUCUCUCUCUAGCGCGCCGCGCGAUCCCUCUUCGCCCCGAUCGGAGGGCUUGCUCCGAUCAUGGUGGGUCCCGACGACGACGAAGACGAAGUGCUCGCCCACUUCCUUGAAUCCGAGAUCCUUUCCGGCGUCCCCGACCAGCAGGAGGAGACAGCAGCGGGGAGGCCGUCGAAGAGGACGCGGAUCGAGGGGGAGAGCUCGCUGCAGGGUGGCCGAAGCAGGCCUCCGCUGCCCAGGCCGAUCGAGAGCGGCGUCUUCGGCAGGAUACCGCCCGAGCUUUUCCACCACGUCUUCAAGUUUCUCUCUUCCGAGGAUCUCAUCGCGUGUUCUAUGGUCUGUAAGUUCAUGAACUUUGCGGCGUCCGAUGAGAGCCUCUGGCGCCGCCUGUAUUGCAUGCGAUGGGGACUGGCUCCUCCUAAUGGGAAGUUGCGAGCAUGUGCUUGGAAGAAGCUUUAUAUCCAGCGUGAUAAAGAGGAUAUGGUUGAAUUUGUGAGAAACACUCCGGCAGAGUUUAAGGAGUACUAUAUACAAAUGCAGGCAGCAAAGAGAAGUCAAGCACCUCUUCUGUCACAAGUCAAUGAUGAUCAAGUAAUACUUGAUAGAACGGUGGCUGAUCAAGUGUCUAUUUGGAAAAGCAGCAGAGGCUUAACUGAUGAAGCAGUGGCAGGCCAUGCAUGUUCGGGAAACACAUGCUUGUACUCCCAAAUCGGAGAUGCUUUUAUUUGUGAGAAGACUGGUCGUGUGCAUGUUUGUGAUGAUCCUUGCAGAGAAGCUGUCCUUGAUCAAUCUAGUGGGCUUCUGGUCUGCACCAUUUCUGGUCAUUGUUUUGAUAGAUGGCUCUCUCCUGAUGAGGAAGCAGAUCCUUCAGACAUUGAGCAGCAACUAGGUGGUGUUACAGAUGAAGCAGAGCCUUUUAUGGGAUCUGGACGUUUUGCACGAGCCUAUUUGUUGGGUUACAACUGUGCUGAUGAGAAGGAACUUGAAAAGGCAUUAAGGUUUUGCUGAAAUAUUAUGAAUCCCUGCUUUCCUGAUCAUUGCAGCAAUCAAUUUUUAUGACGAGGUUGCAAAGUGAGAUAAAAGCAUAGAAUAUCAUUGUGACAGGACCAUCCAGUAUAUAGCAAAUUUAUGAGUCCAUUUAAGCUAAGCCUCUCUUCCAAAGUGUUUCUUCAAAUCAGCGGCUUGAUGAUAAUUGCUGUUACCAGGUGGGAUGAUUGCAUAGAAUGCCUUGUAGAAUCCUCAAGCAUCAGUCGUUAAAGCAUGAAAGAUAGCACUUGUUUUCAUUAUCUAAUAUUAUUUGCAUGUGCAUACUGCUAGUUUUUAGUUAAUCUUAACUGCAGAAGCACUGGGGCCUUGUUAUGUAAAUAUUUUUAGGAUCAAUUAUAGUACCAUCGGCAUAUCUGUCAAAAAUUAAGCAUACCUAAUGCAAGCAGGUUUCUUCGGUGGUAA